GCAAUAGCCCUCCACCACCACUCGCACCAUGAAGUUCACUCUUGCCUCCACCCUGGCCCUGGCCACUGCAGCGCUGGCCAUGCCUGCCGCCGAGGCUGAAGCUAGCCUCGAGAAGCGCAACCCCAGCGGUGCCUUCAGCCUCUACGCCUGGGGCGUCACCAGCUCAGCCAUGAAGCUCUUCUACUCCGAUGGUCUCGCCUACGCCGGCGACUCCACCGCCUGGCCCUACGGCUCUGUUACCACCGAUGUCACCUUCGAAAUCGCCGACACCGAAAUAACCACCACCGCCACCACCGACGGCGUCACCCUCGACGCGGACACCCUCUUCUACAUCCGCCCGACCGCGGACGAGAUCACCGAGGUCGGCUUCACGGGCAACGGCUACGACACCCCCUCCGAUGCGGCGACCGACAACUUCAUCUUCUACGGCUCGUGGCUGAUGUGGGAGGAGGACUCGGGCGUUCUGACCGAUAGCUUCCGCCUCAAGGAGACCAACGUCUCGGGUAUCUAUCAGUUCUACUUCGAUUACUCGAACCUGUACCCCAGUGGGUACUCGACGCCCAGUGUCAUGGACAAGGCGAGCUGAGUUGGGGUAUAAUCUUGGGGCCCAGUGAGAGGGGACAAUGGUGCUGGUUGGCGCUGUUGUGAGAAUAUCUAUGUGAUUUGCAGUCAGCGUUAAUAUGCAGUUUGCCGGUCGCUUAUUGUCAAUGAAUGAUAUAUAUGCUGCUAUCUGCU